GACCUGGGCUGUUACAGAAGCGGAGCAAGUCCUGGGACAAGCACAGAAAAAGGGCCUGAGCCUGAAGAAGUGAUGUCCAGAGCAACAGCAGUCAUAUUGUGACUAUGAAGCACCAAGGAUGAGGACAUCAGACAACACACUAAGGCUGGCAGAGCAGAAGGGAAGACAGCCUGGAUCCCUGGGGCAUCACCAAGCAGCUCAACCAUUCUCAGUAACUCCUUACCUUCAGAGUUUCGACGUAGAUUAAAUAUGGCGACUGAAAACAAAGCAAGAGACAAAGUGCUUGCGCAUCCCAUGACCUCCCCACCGGCAAGAAAAAGGAGAAACAGGCGUGAGCCAGCAGUGCUGGUUGGCGCAGAGAGACAAAUACCAGGAACUCAGUACAGGCCGGAAGUCGGGGUACGGGGCCGCGCCAGCUUCAGGCGUCACUUCCCACGCGACUUCCUGCGGGAAACAUGGCGGCAUUGAGCGGAGUCCGCUGGCUGACCCGAGCGCUGGUCUCCGCCGGGAACCCUGGGGCAUGGAGAGGUCUGAGUACCUCGGCCGCGGCGCACGCUGCAUCGCGGAGCCAGGCCGAGGACGUGAGGGUGGAGGGCUCCUUUCCCGUGACCAUGCUUCCGGGAGACGGUGUGGGGCCUGAGCUGAUGCACGCCGUCAAGGAGGUGUUCAAGGCUGCCGCUGUCCCAGUGGAGUUCCAGGAGCACCACCUGAGUGAGGUGCAGAAUAUGGCAUCUGAGGAGAAGCUGGAGCAGGUGCUGAGUUCCAUGAAGGAGAACAAAGUGGCCAUCAUUGGAAAGAUUCAUACCCCGAUGGAGUAUAAGGGGGAGCUAGCCUCCUAUGAUAUGCGGCUGAGGCGUAAGUUGGACUUAUUUGCCAACGUAGUCCAUGUGAAGUCACUUCCUGGGUAUAUGACUCGGCACAACAAUCUAGACCUGGUGAUCAUUCGAGAGCAGACAGAAGGGGAGUACAGCUCUCUGGAACAUGAGAGUGCAAGGGGUGUGAUUGAGUGUUUGAAGAUUGUCACACGAGCCAAGUCUCAGCGGAUUGCAAAGUUCGCCUUUGACUAUGCCACCAAGAAGGGGCGGAGCAAGGUCACUGCUGUCCACAAGGCCAACAUCAUGAAACUUGGGGAUGGGUUGUUCCUGCAGUGCUGUGAGGAAGUUGCUGAACUGUACCCCAAAAUCAAAUUUGAGACAAUGAUCAUAGACAACUGCUGCAUGCAGCUGGUGCAGAAUCCUUACCAGUUUGAUGUGCUUGUGAUGCCCAAUCUCUAUGGGAACAUUAUUGACAAUCUGGCUGCUGGCCUGGUUGGGGGAGCUGGUGUGGUCCCUGGUGAGAGCUAUAGUGCAGAAUACGCAGUCUUUGAGACGGGUGCCCGGCACCCAUUUGCCCAGGCAGUGGGCAGGAAUAUAGCCAAUCCCACGGCCAUGCUGCUGUCGGCUUCCAACAUGCUGCGGCAUCUUAAUCUUGAGUAUCACUCCAGCAUGAUUGCAGAUGCGGUGAAGAAGGUGAUCAAAGUUGGCAAGGUGCGGACUCGAGACAUGGGCGGCUACAGCACCACAACCGACUUCAUCAAGUCUGUCAUCGGUCACCUGCAGACUAAAGGGAGCUAGAGCCCUUUAUUUCUUCCAACCUUGCAAGGACCACACUCCCCAUACCCUUCAGUGCAGUGUACCAGGGAAGAGACCUUGUGCCUCUAAGCAGUGGACCAUGGUCACCUUGCUGGGUAGAGCCUAGGUUGUCCUUGGGCCAGCUUCCUUAGGGGACAGACUGUUGGGUGGUGAUGGGGAUUGUUAGGAUGGAGCCCAGGCCACAUGGAUGAUGAUGAUUCUCCCCCACAGGUUCGAACCUCUGACAUGGGUGGCUAUGCUACUUGCCAUGACUUCACUGAGGCUGUCAUUGCUGCCUUGCCCCACCCAUAGGCCCUGUCCAUACCCAUGUAAGGUGUUCAAUAAAGAACAUGAACCAA